AUGAGUAGCACAAUUACACAACUGAAACGAGUUAAGAUUUCACUGGAGACAGACAUGACCAACAGUGAAACCAAAAUGAAAGACAAGGACAAAGUUAUGCUGCAGACAGAAAAAGAAGACAGAAAUAAGAUCAGAAAAUGCAAGACCUUUGGUGGAAAAUUGGUCUAUGCAAGAACAUUUGAAGCUGCCUUGAAUGAUAAACAGUCUAUAGAAUAUCAUGAUCUUCAAGAAAAAGUACACUCUUUUUUUAAUUCCUCAUUUGUGAACAUUACAGGCUACAAAACAACUUUAAUACUUGAAGUUAGGAAAGGGAGUGUCAUCAUAACAGUAACAAACACGUUUACUGAGAGUGCCAAUGUGACUGACGAAAAGCUUGAAGAAGCUAUAAAUAUCACUUUAAAGGCAAAUUCAGAAUUUUCAUAUAUACCUGUGCCUAGAUGCAAAAAGACGGAGUGUGACAAUAAGACUACUACAUAUUGUUUUCAGGCACCUACGGGAGCAGGAGCUGAGUGUGCUUGUAAAACUGGAUUUUAUAAAACAGACAAAUAUGCAACAACAUGCAAAGAUUCAUGCUAUUCAAACUGUAUAGGAAAGAAUAGACACCCUGUUCAACUCGACAAUGGUGAAUGCAAUUGUGGAUGUCUUGCGGGAUAUGAAGAAAAGAAUGGCCAAUGUGAAAGUUGUCCAUUUGGCUAUAGUGGAACAGACUGCAAGGAUGGCUUUCAACUCAUUGCUUUGGUGAUUGGUGUUAUAGGUGGAGUUUUGGUACUGAGUGUGACAAUUGGACUCAUUCAUACAUGUUUAAGACUAAAACACGUUAAAAGUGAUGAACAUGACAAACUCUUGGAAUCAGAUAUGCACACAAAAAGGCCUGAUCCAAUUAAGAUUCCAAGACCAAAUAUGGGCACCAACCAGACGGAAAGGCAUUGGGCGGAAUGGAGUGAAAUGGAUAACUACAGCAGUGGGUAUCAAAAUAUUGCCAUGGAUUUUAGCAAUGACAAGGGAAGGCGCCACUGAGCUGACUAAAAUAUUCUGAGAAAAUGAUG